AUGUUUGCUAGAUCACUGAGAAAUUACGGUAGAAUAAUUUUUAAAAGACUUCAACACACUGCUGAAGCUUCUACAAGCGAAGCUGCUCCAUUCACUAAUAAAUUUGGAUUUGAUUUGAACCCACCACCAGUGCAUGAAUACUGGAAUAUUCGUAACUCAAGUGUGGCAUUUGCAUUUGUUCCAGUAUUCCUUGGAAUUGCUUUUUUUGCUAAGUACAUUGGUAAGAGUGUCGACACUAAUGGUGCAUACUUGGGUUUUGCUGAUUCAGAAGCAUCCCCUGUCAGUAAGAUUCCAUUUGGUCAAGCACAAGAAACACCUAAACAUGAUUAA